AUGUCUCUCGCAACUCUGGAUGUGUCGCAACAUCCAAACCUCCCCAAGUCCUCUGUAACUUUGUUCGAAGCGAAGGCGCAAAAGAAGGUGACUUUUGAAACGAUUGGCAAGGAAAUUGGCCGAGAUGAGGUCGCGGUGGCGGCUCUGUUCUAUGGACAAGCAAAGGCAUCCCCAGAAGAUAUCGAGAAGCUCUCGAACUAUUUUGGCAUUGACCAUGCUACCCUUGAGGCACAAUUGAGCGGGUUCCCAGACCGCGGAAAGAGCGUGGAGAUGCCUCCAAAGGAACCGCUGAUCUACCGCCUGUACGAGAUUGUGCAGAAUUAUGGAUAUGCAUAUAAAGCAGUUCUGAACGAGAAGUUUGGCGACGGGAUCAUGAGCGCAAUAUCUUUCUCCACUCACGUUGAAAAAGAGGUUGACAAGGAUGGCGUUACAUGGGCGAAAAUUACCCUUCGAGGCAAGUGGCUUCCAUUCACUCGCUUUUAG